GUUUUUGAGAUGUACAUUACUAUGGGCUCCGGGCGUUGGUUGUCGUUAUUCAAAUUGAUCCUCAGUAAAUCACUCAGUAGAGAUCUACUUACUAAGCACUUACUCAACUUGGUUUGUCAGCGAGAAAUGAAUUACCGAAAGCGGCACCGAGCCUCCCAAAUUGGACAAGCGAACCCGAGCCCGAACUGGUCCCAAAAAAUAAUUAAGGUUUCGAGGCCAGCGACCGGGCCUCUCCUGGCUUUUUGACUGAGACCCUCUCCUCCUCCUCUGCUCCUCCCCGUCCGCUCCUCCACCUCCUCCUCCUCCUCUUCCUCUCUUCGCGCACCCUUCUCUCUCUUCCCCAUCUCUCUCCUGCCGUCCGCCAUGGCGAGCGCUGUUGGCCGCGUCCUGGCCGCCAUUGCCCGGCCCUCUUCCACCCACCCCAUCCACACUAUCGUCUUCAUAGGCUUCCUCGCCUCCACCGCAUACCUCUCCAUCCUCAACAUCUCUGUCCCCAAUUCCGCUUCCCAGCUCCUGCCCGCGCACAUCUACCGCUCCUCGCCUGCUGCUGAAUGGAAACAAAUUGACGACCCGGCAAAGUACUCCGCUGCCGCGCACUACGCCUUCCUGCAACUGCACUUCCAGCGAGACUCAGCUGACGCGCCUCUACCCGACGUCAACUCCACCGUUCCCGUUCUCAGCUCCUCCCUCGGACGCGACAUCGUCGUUCCUACGCUUAUUCCUUAUGACUCUCUUGAGGAUUGGAUUGAGAACGCGCGUGAAUUGAUCCCCUUCUACGGCUCUGACAACCUCACCGCCCCUGACUCUCCGUCGUGGGUCUGGCAUCUAUCUAGCUCCCGACGCGGCUUCGUCUGGCUCGAGUGGUUCAAGUUCAGCUACGCGAGAUUCGUCCAGCAGUUUCACCGCGCCGAGACUUUUGACGUUGCAAUCAUGACCCUUGCCUACGCCGCCAUGCACCUCACCUUCGUUUCGCUCUUCCUGUCGAUGCGCAAGGUCGGCUCUCACUUCUGGCUCUUUGUCACCGUUAUCAUGUCGUCCUCGUUCGCGUUCCUCUUUGCUCUCGUGACCACCUCCUACAUGGGCGUGCCUAUCAACAUGGUCCUUCUUUCUGAGGGUCUGCCUUUCCUCGUCGUCACCGUCGGAUUCGAGGGCUAUAACACGCUUGCGCGUGCUGCUCUCAACCACUCAAAGGUACCCAACUUGAGCGAUGUCGUCAGCGCCGUCCAGCGCGUCGGUCCCAAGAUCUGCGUUGACUAUCUCAUGGAACUCGUUGUCUUUAUCGCUGGCGCCUUGUCUGGCGUCGGAGGCCUGAGUCAGUUUUGUUUCCUUGCGACUUGGAUUUUGGUUUUUGAUUUUGCCAUGCUCUUUACGUUUUAUACUGCUAUCAUCAGUAUCAAACUCGAGUUCAACCGUAUCAAGCGACAUGUUUCUAUCCGUAAGGCGCUCGAGGAAGACGGUGUGUCUGAGCGAGUUGCCGAGAGCUUUGCCGAGAGUGUCGAUGAGAGCGAGAACAAGAUCCAGCCGAAUGGCGAGACGGUCAUUUUCGGCAAGACGUUCAAGGAUUCGUCAAUCUCAAAAUUCAAGACCUUUAUGGUUAUCGCUUUUGCCUUGGUCAACCUGUUCAACCUCACGACUGCGCCGUUCAGAGAGCAUAGCAAGGGUGUUGUUGACCCGUCCUCGGUGGUUUCGACCUUGUCUACACUUUCUUCGGACGCUUACCUGCUUGAGGAUACGGCUGUCGUCACUGUCUUUUCGCCCAUGGAGUACUAUCUGUUACCAAAGUCGUCUGAGUUUGAGAACGCGGUCAAUUCCAUCUUUGAGUCGUGGUCGCGCACGAUUGGUGAUCCCGUGCUCAGCAAGUGGGCAGCUGUCGUGCUCAUCAUCUCAGUUGGCUUGAACAUGUACCUGUUCAAGGUCAGCCAGUACAGCGCCACACCGCAGAUUAAGAUUGUCGAGAAGAUUGUUGAAGUGCCGAGCAAAAGUGUGUCUAGCACUUCUGGCUCUACGACCACGUACUCCAACGGGCUUUCUAGCUCCCGCGACUCUGACUCUGACAAGGACUCUGACGAUGGGGGUAUGGAGCUCACGAUCAAGCCCAAGAAGGCUGCUCUUAUGCCGGUUGACGAUGCCGUCGCGCUAGUUAAGGCCGGCCGCACUAAGGAACUUUCGGAUGAGGACAUUAUCUCGCUUACCAAGAGCGGAAAGAUCCCUCUUUACGCUCUCGAGAAGCAGCUCGGUGACUGUACGCGGGCGGUGUAUAUCCGCCGUGCUGUGGUCUCACGGUCGAUGGAGGAUGGCAAGCUCGAAGGCUCGAGUCUGCCGUACUUGCACUAUGAUUUCACAAGAGUGCUUGGUGCUUGCUGCGAGAACGUUAUUGGAUUCAUGCCUAUUCCUGUUGGACUUGCUGGUCCAUUGGUCAUUGACGGCAAGAAGUUUUACAUCCCGAUGGCUACCACCGAGGGAUGUCUUGUUGCGUCGACGAUGCGUGGUUGCAAGGCUAUGAACGCGGGUGGUGGUGUCACCACUGUCUUGCUUCAAGACGGAAUGACUCGUGGCCCAGCUGUUCGAUUCCCCAACUUGACGCGUGCUGGUGCUGCCAAGCUGUGGCUUGAUUCUGAGGAAGGCCAGCGGACUAUGAAGAAGGCGUUUGACUCCACUUCGCGAUUUGCGCGGUUAAGUUCGCUUAAGACUGCUAUUGCGGGAUCGACGCUGUUUAUCCGGUUCCGAACAACUACUGGAGAUGCUAUGGGAAUGAAUAUGAUUUCAAAGGGUACUGAGCACGCGCUCAAGUACAUGGCCGAGCAGGCUGGGUUCCCUGAUAUGGAGGUUGUCUCUAUUUCAGGAAACUACUGCACGGAUAAGAAGGCAGCCGCCGUCAACUGGAUCGAGGGACGCGGCAAGAGUGUUGUCGCUGAGGCUCUUGUCCCUGGCCAUGUUGUGCGAAGUGUUCUCAAGUCCGACGUUGACGCGUUGGUGGAGUUGAAUGUGACGAAGAAUUUGAUGGGUAGUGCGAUGGCUGGAAGCGUGGGUGGUUUCAACGCCCAGGCUGCUAACCUCGUUACUGCAAUCUAUCUGGCGACUGGUCAGGACCCCGCGCAGAACGUCGAGAGUUCGAACUGCAUUACGCUUAUGAAGAAUGUCGGCGGUGAUUUGCAGAUCUCGGUGUCGAUGCCGUCUAUCGAGGUCGGAACUAUUGGUGGUGGUACUAUUCUCGAGCCGCAGUCGGCGAUGCUGGACUUGCUCGGAAUCCGCGGUCCUCACCCGACUAACCCUGGUGAGAACGCGCGCCAGUUAGCGAAGAUUGUUGCGGCCGGUGUUUUGGCAGGCGAGCUUUCGCUUUGCUCGGCUCUGGCAGCCGGUCAUUUGGUGCAGAGUCAUAUGGCGCUCAACCGAUCUGCUCCGGCUACUCGGGCGACGACGCCUGGACCGAGUCCGACUGAGAAUAUCACCAUCUCUGCUGCUCCUGCUGCCGCGGCCAAUAUCUCGGUAGCAGGCAUCAACGGUGCUGCGCAGUCGCCUGCGGACUUGGCGCGGUUACAGAAGGGUUCACAGAUCUGCUUUGCUUAGACCACGUCUGGAAAUGAAAACGACGAACCAGCAUGGGACCGAGAAGAGAGAGAGAGAUCUUAUAUCAAAGAGACGAAAAUGAUCAAGUCAAAACUAUGUAUAUGCUGAUGGUGUGGCCAGGAAUUUGC